CUCGUGUAAGUGGCUUGUGAAAAACUUUUCUCCAACUACGAUUUUAUUUCAAGUAUCUAUUUUUGUGAUAAAAAAUGUUUCUAUAACUCUUUCAUAAAAUUUUACAAUUUUUAUUCAAUAUAAAUUUGUUAUUAAUCAUUUAUUCGAGUUUGUUAGAAUAUUUCAAUGUAAAAAAUAAACCAGCUGUUGGACCAAAACAAUGAAGUAUGAGUGAUGACAGGUGGACAAGUUAUUAAAGAGAUUAGAAAUAUGUAAAGAAUAUUAUUGUUGAAAUUAUUUUUUAUUAAAUUAGUCUUUAAUAAUAACGAAUCAUGAUAAUAAUUACAAGAUACGCUUCGUUUAUAUCGGGGAUAAUAGUUGCCUCAAUAACAUGGGCAUUUAGUUUUUAUCUUUACUCCAAACUCACUCAAAAUGCCAACAUGGUUAACCCAACAAUGCUUGUGUCUGAAUAUACGAUACCUUUAGGGGAAUCUGUAUUCAAACAGAAGAUACUCCAUGAUGGAGAAAAAUAUGCAAUGAAAGUAAAUAGCCACAAACUUCUUCAACAACUCCAACCAGUUCCUAUAAAACCAGCAGCUUCAAUAGGAGAUGGUUUAGAUGAACUGGGACUAGUCAGAAAUUAUGAAGAUCAAAGGAAAAGAGAUGAAGGAUACAAAAAAUAUGCUUUCAAUGGUUUAGUAUCAGAUAAUAUUGGAAUCAAUCGAGAGUUACCAGAUACUCGUAAUAAACUUUGUUCAUCAAUUGAAUAUCCAUCCAAAUUACCAAAUGCCAGCGUUAUUAUAUGUUUUUAUAAUGAGCAUUAUAUGACAUUAUUGAGAUCCCUACAUUCUAUUAUCACGAGAACACCUAAGCACCUUUUACAUGAAAUUAUUUUAAUAGAUGACUACAGUGAUUCAAGUGAAACGCAUGAAAAUAUUAAAAAAUACGUAAAUGACAAUUUUAAUGGUCUAGUAAAAUUUUUUAAAACUGAAAGAAGAGAAGGUUUAAUAAGAGCAAAGAUUUUUGGAGCAAAAAAGGCAACGGGAAGUGUUCUUAUUUUCUUAGACAGUCAUAUUGAAGUUAAUAAAAUGUGGAUAGAACCUUUAUUAGAGAGGAUUAAAGAAUCUCCAACGAUUGUAGCAAUGCCUGUGAUUGAUGUUAUUAAUUCAGAUACAUUCCAAUACACUGCAAGUCCAUUAGUAAGAGGAGGAUUUAAUUGGGGACUUCAUUUCAAGUGGGAUAAUUUGCCAAAAAAUACUCUAAUUCAAGAUGAAGAUUUUGUUAAACCUAUAAAAUCACCAACAAUGGCCGGUGGAUUAUUUGCAAUAGAUAGAAAUUAUUUCUUUGAAAUGGGUGAAUAUGAUUCAGGAAUGGAUAUAUGGGGUGGAGAAAAUUUAGAGAUAUCAUUUAGAAUAUGGAUGUGUGGAGGAAGCAUUGAAUUAAUACCAUGUUCACGAGUUGGACACGUUUUCAGACGACGCCGUCCUUAUGGUAAUGACAGCCAAUUUGAUUCAAUGUUGAAGAAUUCAUUACGUGUUGCACACGUGUGGAUGGACAAAUAUAAAGAAUAUUUCUUGAAAGAUAUUCAACCAAUUGAUUAUGGUGAUAUUUCGGAUCGUAUAACACUUCGGCAGAGAUUAAAAUGCAAAGAUUUUGCAUGGUAUUUAGAAACAGUUUAUCCAGAGCUCGCUUUACCUGAUGACAGUAAAGCUAGCUUAAGAGAAAAAUGGCUUAAAGUAAAUCAACCACCUAUGCAACCUUGGCAUUCAAGAGUCAGAAACUAUACAGAUCAGUAUCAAAUUAGGUUAACAAAUUCAGCACUUUGUAUUCAAAGUGAAAAGGAUAUUAAAACAAAAGGCUCUAAAUUAGUUCUUGUUCCUUGUUUACGAAUUAAAUCACAGAUGUGGUAUGAAACUGACAGAAAUGAAUUAGUUCUUGGUCAAAUGCUCUGCCUAGAAGGCGGUGGAAAAAUUCCUAAGCUUGGAAAAUGUCAUGAAAUGGGAGGUAAUCAAGAGUGGCAUCAUAAAGGGACUAAUGGCACACCUAUCUACAACAUGGCAAGUGGAACAUGUUUAGGUGUAAAAAGAGGAACAAAAUAUGCACAAAUAAUGAUGGAUUUAUGUAUGAAAUCAGACUCUACUUCCAUAAGUUGGGAUCUUGUACGUUCUAAAUUACCUGCUAAAGAAAUAAGAUGACCGUUAUCACAUCGCUCAGGUGGUAAACGCAAGGGCUAAUUUAACAUCUAAUAUACUAUAAUAAUCUAAUGAUUAUUGUUUUAAUUAUUUACCAAUCUCCAUGACAAAAUAUUUUAACAAUGAAAUUGUUUAAUUACUGUUCCAUCAAUGCAGCUAUAUUAAUAUUGCAAAUUAACUCAUUUAUAUAAAUAAAUAAUUACAAUAACA